GAACCCGGGCGUAAACCUGAGAUAAAGUUUCAUGGGGAAACGGACAAGUCGGGUCUGCUAAACGUUCCGAACAAGCUGGCGAUGAAACUGAGCAGACUCUACGGCUACAUGACUGAACUAAGAUGAUUGCAUUUUAUUGUAUAUGGAUGACUCUGGGUUGAUUGCAUUUUAACAAACAUAUACAUGAUAUACGAGUAGAAGAAACCGUGCAGCGGCCCCCGGAGCGGCCCAAACCCGGAAAGACGUCGGCCGCAUCACAUCAUGAGUGCCUCGACUCUCAAUGAGUAGAUCCAACAUUGACGACGGAGCAGACGAUAUUUACCAAGAUGGACUACAUUUUCCAGACUUGUAGGAGUGUUCGAAAUAGGAUUUAUUGGGGGUGGAUUGUCUCUGUCACUGCCUCAAUCACAUUCGGUCUCUCUUUUGGGUUCUUAUAUUCAUUUGGUAUCAUUAUGGUUGAUCUGAUGAACCAAUUUGACAGCUCAGCAACUGCAACUGGUUACAUCGGAACGAUUGCUUACGGAAUGGGCUCUGUGUGGUGCCUCGCAACCGUUCCUCUAUCCGUCAAAUUUGGCUACAGGCCGGCUUCCAUGGUUGGAUUGAUGUUUUGCGUUAUCGGUUGUAUCGUGACGUCAUUCGCUCCCGGUCUUCCCCUGAUGUACUUCUCACACAGUGGCCUGUAUGGAUUCGGUGCGAGCAUUCUUCAGGCGGGCAGUAUUAACAUUACUCAGGGGUACUUCAUUGGUAGACGGAACUCAUCACUAGCAGUUGCUAUCGCAUCUUCCGGGGCUAAUUUAGGUGCUCUCAUCAUGACCCCACUCGUGUACAUGCUAUCUGACCGGUUUGGUUGGCGAAUCAUGUUUAGGGUGAUAUCUGGUGUACUUCUUCUAUUUCUCAUCCCAGCCAUCCUUACAUUCAAACCUGUGCCCCUCCCAAAAAUGGCAGAAAAGCUCGAGGGUGAAGAGUUGGACGAGAAACCUCCGGUGAUUCGUAAGGACGCGUCCGAUCAAGACCAAGAAGCGGGAACGAGCGGCCGGAAGCUUUUCCAAAGAACACUUCAUGGAGAGAGAAUAAGUGGAUCAACACCUGCAUAUGAUAAGGAUAUGACUAUACUUAACUAUAAUGUGGAAUCUAUAGGAAGCCAUAGGACAUGCCUGAACGGGAAUAGUUUUAGAAAUAAUUUGAAGAAUGAUCGACAGUCCAAAUCGCUUGUUCCGGAUAGGGUAGAAGAUGGUCUCUACCAUGAAAAAGACAUCGGCACUGACGUCUCCUUAAAUCAAAACAGUACUCGUGGUAGCGAUGUGCGUUCCCAUCUAAACGACACGAACCCUCAAUACGUGGAACCUUGUUUGAAAGAGUAUGACUUAGUGACGCCAAAAGAUGAUCAGUCCGAAGAGGUCCCAGUUGCCCGGGCGAACACCUACUGGGGUAGAGUGACUACCUUGCUUCGAAUGCCAGAUGUUUGGCUCCUAGAGUUCGGGAUGAUGGCAGAGAGUGUUUCUUUGUCAUUUGCUUUGUUCAGCACGGCUAAUGUGGCUGUGACCGCCGGGAUCUCGAAGAAGACGGCUAGUCUUGUGGUGGCUUUUAUGGGCCUCUCCGAGUUCUUUGGCAAGAUCUUCGUAGGUCUCAUAGCGGAUCGUUUCCCCAUACCAAAGAUCAUCAUCUUGAUGAUAGCUAACAGUGUGCAGUCCUUGCUCAUGCUAGUGUUGUCACUGAUCACAGUGUCAGAACCUUAUCUCUUCGCUCAUGCAACUGUUCAAGGGUUCAUCGUUUUAGCGGCUAUUGAUUCGCUAUGUCAUUCAGUUGCAAAUCAGCUCUAUGCUCCGGAGUUCGCGGUUCAGAUGUGGUCAGCAACCAUGGUCUUCAUGGGUGUAGGAGGAAUUUUUGGAGCAAUGUUUGGAGAGAGUGUUGACAGGACUGGAACAUACCAAACAGCAUUUUACUCUACAAUCGGAAUGUCUUUCUUGUCCACAUUCUGUUUCAUCCUUUGUAUCGUUCAUCAAAGAUUCUUCGCGAGGGAACGGUUCUUCCUUUGCAAAAAUCAUUCACGCCCUCUACGGUAUGAAGAGAUUAAACAAUCUGAUGAAAAGGAUACAGACUGUCGUAAAAAUAUAAACGAUUGUGAAGGAAAGGUAUUGAAGAACUGUUCUUCAAACCUAGUUGUCACUGAAAUAGUUUCAUGUGUAUGAAUACGACGGACAUGGUGAUAUGAAGAAAGCCAUUGUAAGCUAAAUUACUCUGGAAGCCCGAAUUAUGGAACAAUAACAAUUAUAUUGCAUAUUGUAUCUUGUUAUUAAGAAGACAAUAUAUAAUCAAUAUACGACGAUCAAGGUAUACCAAUAUUUCUAUAUUCUCCUUGUAAGUUAAGUUGUGCUGGAAGACUUAUUGUAACGAGAUCAUUUAACCUGAUCAAAAUGAAUGACAUGAUACAUCCUUUUUUUAUGAUUAAAAAAAAUUGUUACCUAUUUUUAGUCUUACUAUAGACAAAGAGACAUUUUGGGUGCAUUUUAUAGUCCAUCAAAGGGAAAGUUGUUCACAUGUGACAUCGCACAUUUUUGUCGCAUUGCCAAUAGGAGUGUCUCCAUAGCAUAAGUGAUCGUAAUAUUUAAAUACUCAUAACUUUCUCCUUAUUUGUCUGAUUUUUCUAAAACUUUCUUUGAUCUUAUUCUUUGAUUUCAGUCUGUUUCCAAACAAGCCCACUUGUUCCAAAAGUUUAAUUCCCCUUUGAUGUGACUAAUUCUUAGCCUAUGGAAAUAAAAAAAAGCCCCUUAAUAAUUUAUUAAACUAUUCCACACUUCAAUAAAAGUUAAAGAUGCAAUGUAAUGUUAUAUAAAUCUCUCUUAUAAUUUAUUGUAAAAUGGAAGACAAUAAGAAUCAAGCAAAAAGAUCAAUUUCGCUACUAACAAUUUUGUCAGACACAUGUACAUUUUCUGUGAAAGAAACAUUAAAAUAUGCAAAGUGAAAUAUUGCUGUUUUUAUGAAGUUUCUGCAAUUGAACAUUCACACUGUGAUAAG